GUCAGUUCACACAGGGAUAAUUACAGUUACACUGUUACUGUUUGUAUACAGAGCAAAGCAAAGGGGAAUGUAAGUAACACGGGAGGAAAAACAUCGUCAAAAGUGUGUGAGUCAACCAUCAUCGACGCUGACGUCCAGCUUUGGCGGAGAGAGACGAGCAGUUUCUCCUCCAGCAUCCAAUUACCAUGGACGAGCUGAGCCUGUGUGGACUCUAGACCCGCUGCCCAGUCAGGAGCGAGGGAGCGAGGGAGGGAAGCGAUGCUCUGCCUCAUCCGCCUGCAUUGAUUCGAAGUCGGAGCUUAUCUUCUUGUCUGUUUUCACUGUUUUCAUUCAUUUCAAGUCCCACGUGAGGAAGGACGGAGCGUGCUGCCGCCAAGAACAAGUGUCCGCGCACGCGGGGAAACGGUUCUACCUGUGGCACUCUGCUGUAAAACCACCAUGCUCCUCUUGUGGUCCUCCAGAUUGGUCCUGCUCACUUUAGCACUCAUCCCUCAUCCAUGUCUGGGAUGCCCCCCUGACUGUCGCUGCUACAGCCUCACGGUGGAGUGUGGCUCUCUCGGGAUCAAAGAAAUCCCACAGGGCGUCCCCUCUGUGACAGAGACCAUCUUCCUCCAGGACAACGCAAUAGUACAGAUACGUCUUCAGGACCUGACUCGCCUGGGCAACCUCCAUUAUCUGUACCUCCAGAACAACAGCAUCUCAGCCAUAGAGCCCGGAGCCUUUCUCAGCCAGGGGCAGCUUCUGGAGCUUGCCCUCAAUGGCAACCUCAUCCACCUGGUCACCCCUGACAUGUUUCGGGGUCUGGAGCACCUCCGGAUCCUCUACCUCGCCAGCAACCAGAUCACUCGAGUGCAGGACCACACCUUCAGGGGACUGCAGCGUCUGCAGGAACUCCACCUGCAGGAGAACAGCAUAGAGCUGCUGGCGGAGCAAGCCCUGUCAGGCCUGUCAUCUCUGGCUCUGCUGGACCUCAGCAGAAAUCACCUUCGCACCUUGGGAGCGUCGUCUCUCAAGCCGCUUGUCAGCCUGCAGGUGCUUCGUGUCACAGAGAACCCAUGGCGCUGUGAUUGCGCUCUUGGCUGGCUAAGAACCUGGAUCAGUGAAGACGGUCAGCGUCUGCUGAGCUCUGCUGAACAGCGUCAGCUGAUGUGCUCUGAACCACCGCGUCUCUCCCACCUCAGUCUGGUGGAGGUGGCCCCCAACAGUCUGGUCUGCAUUCCCCCUGUGGUUCAACUAGAGCCCAGUCACCUGACUGUGCGACUAGGGGAGAGCCUCAGAGUGUCCUGCCAGGCCUCGGGUUACCCUCAGCCUCAGGUGACCUGGAAGAAAGCCUCCCAUGGAAAAGCCCAGUUAUCCCCACGAGGUCUGGUUCAAGAGCUGGGGCCCAAUGGCGAGCUCUUCAGGCCUGGGUCUGGAGGAGUGGUAACAGCCCUGCCCAGCAGUGGCGGCAUCACGGGCGGAGGUGUUGGCAUGAUCCACGGGCUGGUGCGCGGAACUGAGGAAGGCGGCGAAAGGGACAGCUUUGACCCUGACAUGGGUAGUGGCAUGCUGUUUCUCAGCAACGUGACUGUCGCACACGCUGGACGCUACGAGUGCGAGGCUUGGAACCCGGGAGGCGUAGCCAGAGUUACCUUUCACCUGGCUGUCAACAUGUCCUCCUCUUCACAUUCAUCCCAGUUCUGGCCUCGUUUGCACACGCACUCCUUUUUUUCCUCUUCAUCCAACUCCUUCUAUCAGCCAGAUGUUGUGGAUGUGAGCCAGGAGCCGCUGUAUGAGCAGGACAGCAUGGAUUUCAGUGCUCUGGGCCCUGCCACCCAAACCGCCAUUGCGAUUGGCAUCUCAUUGUUGGCACUUACUGCUGUCCUGCUCCUGAUAAUGAUCUACACUCGUCACCAGCAGUACCAGAAAGAGGAAAGGGGCUCCUUCUGUGCCAGCAAGGAAGAAAGCAUCCUUUAUGUGAACGAUUACUCUGAUGGACCCACCACCUUUGCUCAGCUGGAGGAGUAUCGCGACGACCAUGGCCAUGAGAUGUACGUCCUCAACCGAGCCAAGCCUGUUAUGGGGUCCACGUCAUCCAGGUGUCCCAUGAUGAGUGGGUUCGUCCAGCAGAAAGGUAUGAAGGAGGCUUUGCUGGACCACGAAAUGGUGCAGACACUGACCAGAUCUGGGGGAAUGGGGCUUUGCAGAAACCCAGCAGACGGAGGAGAGGGGCCCCUUACUACAGACCCGGAAGAGCUCUUCCUCAGUCAGAGUCUCCUCUUUGGAUCACCGGUUGCGUACGAGAUCCACUGCUAAGGGGGCUUUAUUGUGUUCUGACAUGAAACAAUAAUGCUGAUGGAUUAAUUAAAGACAUUGAAGGAAAUCACCUUGGUGCACUAAUGUGAACUGGCAGAUUUAUAUGUGGG